UCUUUUCCUACACACAUUUCUUUCUCAUUUCCUCUCUCUCUCUUCUUCUUCUUUAUAUAUAUAUAUAUAUAUAUAUAUGUUUUCAUGAUCUGUUAACUAUAUAUACACUAUAGUUUGGCUAAUAUGGACAUGGAUUUCAACAUGAGAACUGCUACCCCAUUUGUUGUUCACCACCAUGAUGAUAAGAUGUCAUCAGAAGAGUGUGGAGGAGUGAAGAAGAGAAUAAUUAGCAAUAGAAAUAGUAGAAAUAACACUAACGAAGAAGAAGCAAAGAACAGUAGUGAAGAAAUAAUGUCAUCUCCAUUAAAUUUAAGGAACCUCUCCAAGUUGAUCCUUCCCCCCUUGGGAGUUUCUAGCUCUAACCAAAUUCAGAUUCAGUCCAAAGGCUGGAUUAUCUCCCCCAUGGAUUCCAGAUACAGGUGUUGGGAGACAUUUAUGGUGCUUUUAGUGGCCUAUUCAGCAUGGGUUUACCCAUUUCAGGUGGCAUUUCUUGGUUCAUAUCCAAAGAAACCACUCUACAUUGUAGACUGCACAGUCGAUCUCUUCUUUGCAACCGACAUCGUUUUGACUUUUUUUGUUGCUUAUAUUGACCCCACCACUCAUUUACUUGUUCGUGACUCUAAAAAAAUUGCUAUCAGGUAUUUGUCAACAUGGUUCCUAAUGGAUGUGGCAUCAACCAUCCCAUUUGAGGGAAUCUACUACUUGUUCACUGGCAAAACCAAAAUCACUCUUUCCUGCUACCUAUUGGGAAUGCUCAGGUUUUGGAGACUUAGAAGAGUGAAGCAAUUCUUCACCAGGCUUGAGAAGGACAUUAGGUUCAGCUAUUUUUGGGUCAGAUGUGCCAGACUUUUAUCUGUGACAUUGUUGUUAGUGCACUGUGCUGGAUGCCUUUACUAUUUGCUGGCAGAGUUGUAUCCUCAUCAAGGGAAGACAUGGAUUGGAGCUUUGAUUCCAAAUUUCCCAGAAACUAACCUUUGGAUUCGAUACAUUUCGGCCUUGUACUGGUCCAUAACCACCAUGACAACCGUUGGAUAUGGUGAUCUCCAUGCAGUCAACACCAUGGAAAUGGUCUUCAUCAUAUUUUACAUGCUCUUCAAUCUUGGCCUCACUGCUUACCUCAUUGGUAACAUGACAAACUUAGUUGUUGAAGGAACUCGCCGCACUAUGGAAUUUAGGAAUAGUAUCGAAGCUGCAUCGAAUUUUGUGUCACGAAAUCGUUUGCCUCCAAGGUUAAAAGAUCAGAUUUUGGCUUAUAUGUGUUUGAGAUUCAAGGCUGAGAGUUUGAAUCAGCAGCAAUUGAUAGAACAGCUACCGAAAUCGAUUUGCAAGAGUAUAUGUCAGCAGUUGUUUUUGCCAACAGUUGCAAGAGUUUAUCUUUUCAAGGGUGUCUCUAAGGAAAUACUUUUGCUCUUGGUUGCGAAGAUGAAAGCAGAAUACAUACCACCAAGAGAAGACGUUGUGAUGCAGAAUGAGGCACCCGAUGAUGUCUACAUCAUCGUCUCUGGAGAAGUGGAAAUAAUUGACUGUGAAACGGAUAGAGAGCUAGUUGUUGGAACUCUACAAUCAGGAGACAUUUUUGGAGAAGUUGGAGCACUUUGUUGCAGGCCUCAAGGAUAUACUUAUCGAACCAAGACUCUAUCGCAGCUCUUGAGGCUUAAGACCGCAGCUCUAAUUGAAGCAAUGCAGACAAAGAAGGAUGAUAACAUACAAAUCCUCAAGAACUUCCUUCAGCAUCACAAAAAGUUGAAGGAUCUAAAACUUGGAGAAUUACUGGUUGAGGGUGAAGAUGAGGGUGAUACUAACAUGGAUGACAAUUUGUUGACUGUCGCCAGCACGGGGAAUGCUGCUCUUCUUGAUGAGCUUCUUAAGGCGAAACUUGAUCCUGACAUUGGUGACUCCAAUGGAAGAACCCCUCUGCACAUAGCUGCAUCUGAAGGGCAGAAGGAAUGUGUUUUGGUGCUCCUCAAGCAUGGUUGCAAUGUUCACUUAAAAGACUUCAAUGGUAGCACAGCAUUGUGGAAUGCCAUAGAAUCCAAGAACCACACCAUAUUCAACAUCCUCUACCACUUUUCUAUCCUUUCGGAUCCAUAUGUUGCUGGUGAGCUUUUGUGCACAGCUGCAAAAAGAAACGACUUGGCGGUGAUGAGCGAGCUCUUGAAAUAUGGACUAAAUGUGGACUCAAAGAGCCACCAUGGGCUAACACCUCUACAAGUAGCCAUGUCAGGAAAUAGUCUGGAGAUGGUAAACUUGCUUGUGUUGAAUGGAGCAGACGUGGUCAAUGAAAACACUUGUGAGUUUCCUUCGAUGACUCUGACUGAAAUGCUGCAGAAGAGAGAGGUUGGACACCAGAUUAGUGUGCCUGAAAAUGCACCGGACGAAGUGCUUACCAUAAAGUUCGAUGCUGAAAAGGAAGUAAGUGGGAGAAAAUCUAAUGGAGAUAAUCCCCAUAGAGUGAGUAUUUACAGAGGCCAUCCAAUUGAGAGGAGAGAGACCUUUUGUAAGGAACCUGGGAGGCUAAUUAGAUUGCCAGGCUCUCUUGAGGAGCUCAGAAAGAUUGCAGGUGAAAAGCUUGGAUUACAUGCAAGCAAAGCGAUGGUAAUGAAUGAUGAAGGAGCAGAAAUCGAUUCGAUUGAUGUAAUUAGAGAUAAUGACAAGCUUUUCAUUGUUGAUGAAUUAUAAUUAAAAUUCUAUCAACAAAGUUUUUACUCCUUAUAAUGAGAUCCUCAAAUGAACAUGUUAAGAUCUCUCACUUCAAAUGUAGCUCUAAAAGUCUAGAGCAACAUUUUCUACUACAAAUAUUGAAAUAUAUGUGUAUCACAUACUAAUUUAGUUAGAUUUUGUGUUACUUUUAGAGGAGCAAUUUUCAUUGCUAAUAAAAUCUCUUUGUACAGUUUUUUUAAA